GAUGAACCUCCGGGAUGCUGAGACAGGGAAGAUACUAUGGCAAGGAACAGAAGACCUGUCAGUCCCCGGUGUGGAGCAUGAAGCCCGUGUUCCCAAGAAAAUCCUCAAGUGCAAGGCAGUGUCUCGAGAAUUGAACUUCUCUUCAGCAGAGCAAAUGGAAAAAUUCCGCCUGGAGCAAAAAGUUUACUUCAAAGGGCAAUGCCUAGAAGAAUGGUUCUUCGAGUUUGGCUUUGUGAUCCCUAACUCCACAAACACCUGGCAGUCCCUGAUAGAGGCAGCGCCCGAGUCCCAGAUGAUGCCUGCCAGCGUGCUAACUGGGAAUGUUAUCAUAGAGACAAAGUUUUUUGACGACGAUCUUCUUGUAAGCACAUCCAGAGUGAGACUUUUCUACGUUUGAGAGAAGAAUGUGUGUGCAUUUCAAGAAUUUGGGGUUUUGGGGAGAAAGGAGGAAACUGUUUACUUUUUUCCUCCACACAUUUGGUUUUUGACACUUUCACCCCUAAUUCCCUCUAUGGCAAAACCCACCUGCAGCCACCAGGGGACCAGUUCUGUGUAGGUAACCAGAUGGCUGCUUCCUCCCAAGCUGCCAUCUUCCACUGACCAGACUAAACUCCCAACCCCAGACCAGGGUAGAAGGCGAGCCUUGA